GCAUUUUCCAGAAAUCCUUGCAACUGCUGCUCUUUAGUACCUCUUUCAGCUUACUAUUCUCCACAAAUUCUCUCUCUAACUAAUUCACCUCUGUUCUUUUUUUAAAAAUUUAUUUUUUUCUAUCCCUCUCAGUAAUAUUUCAAAGAAAUUGGGGGUCACAUUUAGUUUUAUUUUUUUAUAAUUGUUAAAGAAAAUUAUUUUCUCACUCUAUAUAUAUAUAAUCUAUUUAUUUAUUUUUCAUUGCUGGGAAAAUUGUCCGUUGUGAUAUUUUUGGUUAUUGAAUGAGAGAGAUAGGGAUAGCAGGGGAAGUAGAGAGGAAAGAAAGAAAGAAGCUAAGGAGAGAGAGAGAGAGAGAUGGGUUGGCUAUUGUGAUUGCGAAGCAGGGGAUCUGAUCUUUCCUUUUCGCGUUGAAUUCUCUUCUAGCUUUCAGCUUGUUGUGUGAAUCACACAACACAUAUACAUACACAUACUACUUGUGAGAGAGAUGUAAAAGAAAGAAAGAUAAAAGAUUGAAUGGAUGGAUCCUAUAAUGGGAGAACAAGGAAAAGGAGGAGAAGAAGAAGAACAAAGGAAAGCUAACUUCUACUAAUAACCCAUUACUUUCUUGUUUUUCAUUUUUAUUUCUUUUCUUGGAAAAACAAAAGCUUUCUUUGGUGAUUGAUUUCCCUUCUGAAUCAAAAAAGAAGCAAAAUUUGUCUGUUUUGGGUAUCCGAAAUCAAUUCAUUCCACACCCUUUAUUGCCUAAUUAUAGUUCCUAAACUCAGAAUUUACAACCAGAAUCAAACGGAGCUUCGCUGGAUUCUUUCUUUGUUUGGUUCUGAUAGAGAGAGAUGAGAGCUGGGCUCAGUACGAUUCAGCAAACUCUCACCCCUGAGGCGGCGAGUGUUUUAAACCACUCAAUUGCUGAAGCUAGCCGCCGGAACCAUGGUCAGACUACGCCCCUUCAUGUGGCGGCAACGCUUUUAGCUUCGCCGUCUGGGUUUCUUCGGCAAGCCUGUAUCAAAUCUCACCCCAACUCAUCGCAUCCUCUCCAGUGUAGAGCCUUGGAACUCUGUUUUAGUGUUGCUCUUGAGCGGCUUCCUACGGCACAGAACCUUAGCCCUGGCCAUGACCCACCAAUCUCCAAUGCUUUAAUGGCGGCACUGAAGCGUGCUCAGGCUCAUCAGCGACGGGGAUGCCCUGAGCAGCAGCAACAGCCACUUCUGGCGGUGAAAGUAGAGCUUGAACAGUUAAUUAUAUCAAUUUUAGAUGAUCCGAGUGUUAGUAGAGUCAUGAGGGAAGCUAGUUUUUCCAGCCCAGCUGUUAAGGCCACAAUUGAGCAGUCUCUUAACUCUUCAUCCAAUUCCUCUGCCGCGGCAGCCGCCUCUAAUUCAAACUCAUUUGGAUUCGGGUUUCGCACGCCUGGAGCUGUGCCAGUUCCUGCUCCUGCAACGAAUCGGAAUUUGUAUGUUAAUCCCAGAUUGCAACAGGGGAGUAUAGCGCAAUCUGGGCAGCAGAGGAAUGAGGAAGUUAAGCGGGUUGUUGAUAUUUUGUUAAAGAAUAAGAGGAGGAAUCCUGUUUUGGUUGGCGAAUCUGAGCCUGAGAUGGUUGUAAGGGAGCUAUUGAAAAGAAUAGAGAAUAAAGAAAUAGCAGAUGGGUUGUUAAAGAAUGUGCAGGUGAUUCAUUUGGAAAAGGAUUUUCUAGAUAAAACGAAAAUAGCAGCAAAGAUUAUAGAAUUAGGGGGUUUGAUCGAGACCCGGAUAGCAAAUUUGGAUUGCGGAGGGGUAAUCCUUGAUUUGGGUGAUUUGAAAUGGCUGGUCGAGCAGCAGGUAUACUUUGCAGGUGCUAGUGGACUCCAGCAGCAGCAGCAGAUUGUGUCUGAGGCUGAGCGGGCGGCAGUGGCGGAGAUGGGGAAGCUGUUGGAACGGUUUGGAGAGAGGAGUAGCGGUGGUGGCAGUGGAAGGGUUUGGUUGAUUGGAACUGCUACCUGUGAGACCUAUUUGAGGUGUCAGGUCUAUCAUCCUAGUAUGGAAAAUGAUUGGGAUCUGCAGGCAGUGCCAAUCGCUCCUAGAGCACCUCUUCCAGGAUUGUUUCCCAGGCUUGGAACCAAUGGUAUUCUUAGCAACUCAGUUGAAUCCUUAUCACCUUUGAAGGGCUUUCCAACUAUUACACCUAUUCCACUGAGGCGUCUUGCUGAGAACUUAGAUCCCACUCGAAGAAUGAGUUGUUGCCCUCAAUGCAUGCAAAAUUAUGAGCAAGAGCUAGCAAAAGUUAUACCAAAAGAAUCUGAGAAAUCUUCUUCAGAAUUUAAAUCAGAAGCAACUCAGCCACUACUGCCACAGUGGUUGAAAAAUGCUAAGUCUCAAGAUUGUGACACUAAAACGUUGGAUCAGACUGUGACUAAAGAUCAAGAAUUAAUGUCAAAGCAGAAGAGCCUAGAGUUGCAGAAGAAAUGGCAUGAUACGUGCUUACGUCUUCAUCCUGGUUAUCACCAGCCCAAUGUCAGCUCUGAGAGAAUUACACAACCGGCUCUCUCCAUGACGAGCUUGUUCAAUACAAACCUCCUUCCUCGGCAACCUUUCCAGCCCAAGUUAGGUUUAAAUGGAAACCUUGGUGGAACUCCGCAAUUGAACCCAAAUCUGUUGCCCAGACAAUCACCUGGUCGGGCAAUUACUCCAGCAGGAAGCCCUGUGAGGACAGACCUGGUUCUUGGGCAGCCAAAGAGCAAUGAACAAACUCCUGAGAAAGGCCAUGAAGAUCGCGCUAAAGACUUUUUUGGUUCUGUUGCUUAUGAGCCACAGGUCAAGUUGCAAGAAUUGCAGGCCAACAAGCUUCUAAGUGCAUUAGAUGCGGACUCAUUUAAGAGACUCCUCAAAGGUCUUACUGAAAAGGUGUGGUGGCAGAGAGAAGCAGCAUCUGCAGUAGCUACAACCGUGACACAAUGCAAAUUGGGCAAUGGUAAACGGCGGGGUAAUGCAUCAAAGGGUGAUAUUUGGCUAUUGUUCACAGGUCCUGACAGGAUUGGCAAGAAGAAGAUGGCAUCUGCUCUAUCAGAGCUGUUCCGUGGGACCAAUCCAAUAAUGUUAUCUCUGGGUUCACGACGUGACAAUGGGGAAUCUGAUGUGAAUUUCCGUGGUAAAACAGCACUUGAUCGAAUAGUAGAAGCUGUUAAGAGGAAUCCAUUUUCAGUAAUCAUGCUUGAGGACAUUGACGAAGCAGAUAUGCUUGUUCGAGGGAGCAUAAAGUGGGCCAUGGAAAGAGGCCGGCUUUCUGAUUCCCAUGGCCGUGAAAUCAGUCUUGGUAAUGUAAUUUUCAUUCUCACUGCAAAUGGGUUACCAGACAAUCUCAAAUUCCUAUCAAAUACUGUUCCACUCGAUGAAAAGAAGCUCAUCAGUUUGGCAAGUGGAGGAUGGCAAUUAAGGCUAUCCCUCUGCGAGAAAACAACCAAGCGCCGAGCCAGUUGGUUGCAUGAUGAAGAGAGACCUGCAAAACCAAGAAAAGACUCAGGAUCAGCGCUAUCAUUUGACCUGAACGAAGCUGCUGAUGCUGAGGAUGAUAAAGCUGAUGGCUCUCGCAAUUCAAGUGAUCUUACAAUUGAUCACGAGGAUGAACAUGUCCCCAACAACAGAUUACUAACUCCAACAGCUUCAUCAGUGUCUCCAGAGCUACUCAAUUCAGUAGACGACGAUAUUGUUUUCAAACCUGUGGACUUUGGCCUCAUUCGUUGCGAGGUUUCUAAUUCUAUAACCAAGAGGUUCUUCACCAUCAUCAGUGAAGGAAUGUCAUUUGAAAUUCAAGACCAGGCGCUUGAAAAGAUUGCUGGUGGGUUAUGGUUAGGCCGAGAAAGUUUAGAAGAAUGGACUGAGAAAGUAUUGGUUCCAAGCUUAAGGCAGCUCAAAUUAAAGUUACCAACAUCAACCCAAGAAUCAUCCAUGGUUGUUCAGCUGGAAACCGACAGAGAUUCCGGCAGCCGGAGCCACGGUGAUUGGCUUCCGGGAAGUGUAAGAGUGGUGGUUGAUUGAUUGUGAGGGUGGUGGGAGAGAGCGCACUCAUUUCUGUUUGAUAUAGAGAUGUAAAUAUGCUCUACUGUUUUUUGCGGGUGGGUGAAAACGGUCAACAAGGGUAAAAGAGGAAAAAAAGGGUAAAAAAAAAAGCAAUUAAAAAAAAAAAGACAGUUAGUGAAGAGGGAGACGUUGAUAGAUUAACGGAACCUUUAGCACCUUUCUUUUUUAUUAUUAUUAUUAUUAUUUUAUUUCUUUAUUUUAUGCUCUUCUUGUUUUUGUCUUUAUAGAAUUUCAUAGUAUUCUUAACAUAUUUACAUAAAAAUUAAGUUGAUGUGAGGCGUUCCUUUUA